GAAGAGAAGAAGGAAGGGAAGGAGAGAGGGAGGGAGAGAGGCAAGAGGGAGGUAGGAAGUAGGCCUUUUAGACCAACACUUCAUAAAGAUAGCAGAUGGUAGAGUAAGGAAUCACAAGGAGGAGGCAAGGAGAAAUGACCUGACGAUUUUCUCCAUCCCUCCCUCUCUGCCUCUAUCCUGUUCCAAGUGCUUUAUAAAUUAUUUCAGCCACUCAUCUUUUAUUGCCUUGUGAGAAAAAUGUUAAAACUUCAUCUUAUUGGUGAGAAAUAAGAGUUUUAGCCAACUGAAGGGCCUUGCCCAAGAUCUCACAGCUGGUUCUGAAAGUGAGGGGCAUCCAUUGUUUCCACCACUAAGUCACUCAUCUUCAUUGCGCCCCUGCGGGCUGGCCUUUUUUUUUUUUUUUUCAAUUUUCAUGCAUUUUGAUCAAAUGUUAUUUGAUGAAAAGCUGUCAAGGAUCCCAGAAGCCGACUGGAAAGCUGGCUGGCUUGGGUGGAGGCAGAGAUGCGGUCCCCACUCCGCCAGCGAGGACCACCCACGAAGCUGACGUUGAUUGGCAGGUUUUAAUAAGGAAGGAGGGGCCAGUUUCCAUGGUGGAAACACAACAAAGCUCUGGCCCCUAACACACCAGCCAGCGCUGAGCGCCUCAGAUUUCAAACAAGAUAUUGUUUUUGUCAUGGAAUUGACCAAAAUGUCAGACAUGACAAAGCUCCACCAAGCCGUGGCUACAGGGGACUACAAUUUAGUGAGAAAGAUUUUGAAAAAAGGCCUCUGUGACCCAAACUACAAGGAUGUGGACUGGAAUGACCGAACCCCACUUCACUGGGCUGCAAUCAAAGGGCACAUGGAGGUGAUGCAGCUCCUUUUAGAAUACGGAGCCAGGCCCUGCCUGGUAACGGAUGUGGGCUGGACGCCAGCUCAUUUUGCGGCUGAGUCAGGCCAUGUGAAUGUGCUCAGAAUUCUCCAUGCAUUGCAUGCCGCCAUCGACGCCCCUGACUUCUUUGGAGACACGCCAAAGAGGAUCGCACAGAUCUAUGGGCAGACUGCCUGUGUGGCAUUCUUGGAGAAGGCUGAGCCUGAGUGCCAGGAGCACCGGCGCACUGCCAGGCAGAAGGGACUCCCUCUAGACCAGCAGGAUGAAGACUGGGAUGCCAAGAAAAGGGAACUGGAGCUGUCUCUUCCUUCCUUGAAUCGAAACACUAAUAAGAAAAAGAAUAAGAAGAUGCAAGGCCCCGCCAGGCUCAGCCAUACCAAGGAGAGAAGAGUGUGAGAAGGACAGCAUCGGUGCUCUGGCAUGCAUGUUUCCUGCGGGGGACUGUCCCUGGACCAGAGUAGGAGUUGUGAGGCCUUGUGCUGUCAUUUCAUGAUUUGACUUAUAGACCAUUACCCAGAUGCCUUCUACAGGUACCUCAGGACCUGCCAUUUAGUCUGAAGCCUUGGUGAUCCAUGCUGUCCACAAGAAUUGCCAGAAAGGGCCAAGCGUUAGGUGCUUGCAUGUGAUCACCAGUCAUUCACCCUGUCAGCAUCCUCUGACCCCCUAUGUGCAAUCAUGGAAUUUCAGGGGGCAAAGAAAAUGCUCUCCCUAAGGAAACUUGAUUGUUUCCAUGAAAAAAAAGUAACAAUGAAAUUUCAACAUACUCAGCACAGUUGAUCUGUAAAAAAAAUGGUUUGUUGUCACAUAAACCAAGCAAAGAGGUGAACAGAUGUAGCUCCCAGGUUCCAGCUAGGGUUUUUCUUUGUGGGGAGGAGGCUCACAAUCUCAGCAUGAGGUCAGUUUCACCAAUGAUCAUUUCUCCAUAGGAAGAACAAUCCAGGACAGAGACCAACUCAGUGAGCAGUAACUGGGAACCUGUUGAGAAUUAGUUUCAUCCCACAUGACAAAUGAGAGGUAGCAGAAUAAGUGAAACAUGUGGUUAUGGCUCUACUUAUUCAGUCGGUAUUUUAGAUUUUCUAUUUUAGAUUUUCUAAAAUACCGACUGAAUAGAUUUAGUAAACCUAAAAUACAGGUCAGGUAUUUCCAGUGAAAACAUUGCACCCAACUUGAGAGGUGCUCUACAUGUAAAAUACGUAUCAGAUUUUGAAUACUUAGAACAAAGAAUGCAAAACAGCUCAUUAACAAUGUUAUUGAUUACAUGUUGAAACAAUAAUAUUUUGGAUAAUGGGUUAAAUAAAAUAUAUCACUAGCAUGAAUUUUACGUCUUUGUCUCUGCUUUUUAAACUAUGUGGCCGUUAGAAUGUUUAAAAUUACAUGAGUGGCAAUAGCCAAACUGUGGAAGGAGCCACGAUGUCCUUUGACAGAUGAAUGGAUAAAGCAGAUGUGGUCUUAUAUACACAACGGAGUAUUACUCAGCCAUCAGAAAGGAUGA